ACGUCAGUGAAACUAAACAGAAGGUCCAUGAAAAGCUUUUUGAAUUUUUUUUUUUUAGAGUCAAAGGAUGAAGAGGUGUUAUCUUCGCAACUUUUCGAAUUGCCACCCUUGGAUAGAGGCUGUGAAGCAAUUCUUUCGAUACCAUCCACAGAGUCCACUUCAUUGAAUUGCAGAGCUCCACAAACUCAUGCGGUUAGGUUAUCUGAAGAACUCAACGCGAAAACACCCGAGGCAGUUGAGCACAGUUUGCAAGUCUUGCCUACCUGCUCGUUCGAGUCGGAAUCGUUCUCUUGCUCUGUUCCAAAAUAUGUAACGAAAGAUUCUUCGUGGUUCUUCGAGGUGCAGACCGGUAGUAGCACUGCUGUGACUAUCAGAGACAAGGUGCAAUGUAAGGCUGUCCUGCAAUGCAAAGCAAGCAAUUACUGUGAUAUGAAGCAGAAGCCUGAAAGUACGCAGGAGCUGCAUCGCCUCCCUCCGAAGAAGAAGAAAGUACAUCGAACUAGUAUGGAUGAAUGCCUGUUGCUUUUGCAGCUUGGCGCGAUGCCAAGUCAGUCCAUCGAUGACCCGUGUCCACAAAACUCUCCAUGCUCUUCGACAUCAUCGAGCAAAGGAAAAUUCAAAAAGCGACGGAAAGAUCCAAGAGGCAAAACGUCGUUGCCAAGUUCUAGUAGGUCGCAAGCUGUCAAUUUCAAGGAAGUUGGUGCCGCAUUGACUGCAUAUGGAAAGUCUACGGCUUAUCGCGGUGGAGCAGAAAAUUUCAGCCCCCACAGGAGCGAUUUAUCGGAUUCUCCUGAUCGCCUGGUUAUUGUGGAGGACCUCGAAGGUGUUGUAGUGAAAGAUCCACCACCGGAUGACGUGCCGUUAAGGCAGGAACCUGUAAUGGAACCGAAAAAUGCUCUCAAGACAUCUUCAGUGUGCUCUACGCAACCUCAGCCUUUUGUGGAGCUCAAACCGGAAAGAGUUCCGAGUGCUGAACCGCCAUCUAGCAAGCAGAUCAGGAAAACUCCGCGUAAAAGGGAGUUAGAGCUCUCUCCUGCGGAUAUUCUCCCUCCGGAAGCAAAGAGAAGGCCGACAGCGACAACGAAGGAUAACCAUUCUUCGCCGUUGGUUACCAGCUCCUCUAUUGAAGCGGAGAAUCGAGCGGGCGCCAUACCGAAAGGCUAA